AGCUGCUAGGGAAGGGCGGAGAGACACACAGCGGGACCGCUCGGGAGCUUGCAGAAGUCCUUCCCCUCCAUUCCUGACAAACACAGCUCCUCCUUGGACGCUGCUUGCAAAUGCCGGCAAGCAGGGAGGACACUGUCUAUCCUUUGUGGAGAGGAAUGGCGUGGAACGGGAGACGGAGCGGAGGAAGCCCCAGGCAAGUGAUCGUCUUCCUUCUGUGCGUUUGCGUGUGGCAGAGCGCGGCCGAAAGCCUCCGCUAUUCUCUGCCGGAGGAGAUGGAGAGGGACUCGUUGGUGGGCAAUAUCGCGCAGGACCUGGGGCUUGCUCCGAGCCAGCUGGCGGCUCGCAAGGCGCGCGUUGUGUCCGAGGGGAGCCAGCAGCUUUUCCGCCUGAACCCGAGCAGCGGAGUGCUGACGGCCACGGAGUCUCUGGACCGAGAGGAGAUCUGUCCGCAGAGCGAGACCUGCGCCCUCUUCUUUAAGGUGUUCCUUGACAACCCGUUGGAGCUGUUCCGAGGGGAGGUGGAGGUUGUUGACGUGAACGACAAUUCCCCUGUGUUCACCAACAAGGAAAUGGUUUUAGAGAUUCUCGAAACGACACCUCCAGGGUAUCGUUUCCCUCUAGAAAGCGCACGUGACAGGGAUGUGGGCACAAACGGCUUGCAGAAUUACAGCCUAAAGUCCAAUUCGCAUUUCUCGCUCACUCUCAAAACAAAGACGGAUAGAACAAAAUAUGCAGAGCUCAUCUUAGAACGGCAGUUGGACCGCGAAGAGCAGCCGGAGUUGAACUUAUUACUGACUGCCACCGACGGGGGCUCCCCACCCAGGUCUGGCACGGCACAGGUUCGUAUAGUCGUGAUGGAUGCCAAUGACAAUAUCCCAGUUUUCAGUCGGGAGAUAUACGACGUGCGCCUGGUCGAGAACACCCCCCAGGGGCAGCUGGUGGUCAGAGUUGUGGCCACCGAUCCCGACGAAGGGUCCUACGGGAAAGUGCAGUACGCUCUAACUGAGGUAUCGGACGGGACGCAGCAGCUUUUUGAUCUGAAUCCUGACACGGGAGAGAUCCGAGUGGCUGGAAAACUGGACUUCGAGGAAAUGAAAACCCACGAGCUGAUGGUGAGAGCCUCCGACGGCGGGGGUCUGUCUACUCAUUGCAAAGUUCUGGUGGAGGUCGUGGACAUCAACGACAAUGCCCCGGAGAUACAGCUGACCUCACACACUGCCUCCAUUCCCGAGGACGCUCCGCCACGCACCCUGGUGGCACUCUUCAGCGUGCGCGACAGGGACUCAGGCGACAACGGUAGGACGGAGUGCACCAUCGAGGGAGAUUUGCCCUUCACUCUCACACCCACUUUCGACAAUUUCUACGAGCUGAGAACCAGCGCGGCGCUGGACAGGGAGACGAGGGCAGAGUACAACCUCAGCAUCCGAGCGACGGACUGGGGCCAGCCGCGCCUGAGCGCCCUUGAAAGCCUGUGGGUGCAGGUGGGGGACGUGAACGACAACGCCCCCGCCUUCAGCCAGGAGCUGUACAGCCUGUGGGUGACGGAGAACAACAGGCCGAUGGUGCGCAUCGGGCGCGUGCAGGCGAGCGACGCGGACGCGGGCAGCAACGCGCGCGUGCAGUACGCGCUGGUGCGCGGGGAGGGCGCGGAGCAGCCCGCGCUGUCGGUGAACGCGGAGAGCGGCGAGGUGUACGUGGUGCGGGCGCUGGACUACGAGCGGCUGCGCGCCUUGGAGGUGCGGGUGCGCGCCACGGACGGCGGCUGGCCGGCGCUGAGCGCGCAGGCGGUGCUGCGCGUGCUGGUGCGCGACGAGAACGACAACGCGCCGGUGGUGCUGCACCCGGGCGGCGAGAGCGGCGCGGGCGCGGGCGAGCUGGUGCCGCGCUGGGCGCCGGCGGGCUACCUGGUGGCCAAGGUGGUGGCGGUGGACGCGGACGCGGGCCAGAACGCCUGGCUGUCGUACGAGCUGGCCAAGGCCACGGAGCCGGGGCUCUUCCGCCUCGGGCCGCACAGCGGCGAGCUGCGCACGGCCAGGGCCGUGGCCGAGCGCGACGCGCCCCGACACAGCCUCGUCGUGCUCGUGCGAGACCGCGGCCAGCCGCCGCGCUCGGCCAGCGCCACCCUCGCCGUCGCCCUGCUCCGCGACUUCUCCGACGCCCACGCAAGCCUCGCCCACGACCCGCCGCCCCACGAGCCCGACCACACGCUCACGCUCUACCUCAUCGCCUGCCUGGCCUGCGUCUCCGCGCUCUGCCUGGCCACCGGCCUGGCCGCGCUGCUCACGAAGCUGCGGCGGGACCGGCGCAAGCGCGCCGAGCCCUUGCCCACCUUCCCGACGGCUGUGGCCGACAGCGACGCGGGCUCCCUUCCCCGCAGCCUGGUCUACGACGUCUGCUUGGCCGCCGGCACCCUGAGCAGCGACUUUCACUUCCUCGGACCCCUCUUGCCCUGCUUCCCCGCUGGGAUGCCUUCUGGCUCGGCCCCACAGCCGAGCUCGGUGUGCUCCCAAGAGGCAUCUGCCAUCGGAGAAAGAACGGAUUCUGCUUCACAGGGCAGAGGUCCACUCUUUGAAGACACAGGUCCCAAACCCACUGAAGAAACUUCUACUGUAAACAGUGGAAUGGAGUUAAAUGUCAGUUCUGACCAAAACCCUUGUCUCACCCAUCAGUAAGUAAGGAGAAACACAAGCUCGUCCUCACUGACUAAUGUCCUCAGACAGAAAAGAGAACAAAGAGACCAAACACCCACUAAAAAGUACCAGAGAGGUGGAAGUCUUCUCUCAGAGAGAGCAAAACCUCCUCCCCUCCUGAGCACUACUUCACUCAUGUAGGAGUUCUGUAAAUGUGACAUGGAUGGAGGAUGACUGUGUUGCAUGCCUGAUUGCACCUGGUCUUGUUGCACGUUUGUGAGACUGCUCCUGCUUCUCAAUCUAAAGGAAAAUACUGAAGACUGAAAUCAGAUCUUCGAGGUAACAGAUUUUAUGGUUUGGUUUCCUUUCUGUGUGGCUCUGGAACAGUGCUUCAGUUGUCUGCAAUCUGGUCAGCCCCAGGCAAACACAUCUUCAGGGUCUGUUGUUUAAUAACAGGCAGAAGCUGAUUGCAUCAGAAACAGCUGGCAUUGACAGACUUGCCUUUGAUCAAGAU